UAUAAUAGAGCUGCAGCAACCUAGACUGGAUGUUGACGAGAAUUAUCAACCAAUUAUUAACACAGAGUUAACUCCAAAAAAUCCAUACACAAAAAUCAAAGAGAUAAAUAUGAAAUACUGUGGUUUCGUCAAAUGUAAAUAUUUAUUCCCAGCAUAUAUAGGCGAACAGGAAUCAAAAGCGCAGCAACAUUUUCGGAAUUUGUUACGAUUAGCCCAACGAUUGGAUCGUACACUUGUACUUCCCAACGUGGGUGAUUCACGAAUCUCCUCGUGUAAAUCUUAUCCAUUUGAAUAUUAUUAUUCUGUAAAGUCUUUGCGAAAUUUGUUGUCUCGGCCAAGCUUAAUUACACAAUCGGAACUUUAUAAGUGGUUAGAAGCACGGAAAAAUUUACGGGAGGAAGAAAAUACAUCUUUGCUUCCGACCGCAAAGAUCGUCAUUAUUGAAAAAGGUGAUGAUCGCAUAAAUAACAAUGUCACUUCCGCCACCAUUGAUCUCACUACUCCAAAAGCACGACGUCAAAUUUGUGUAUCACCUUUUAUCGAGAAAAAAAAAUUAUCGUCAGCCCCUACAUUUAAUCUUCAAACACGCACCAGUAAUUACUGGUCAACGAAAGGAAAUCGCGAGGCGAUAUCGAAAUUCUUUGAAGAGAAUCUUAAAAAUGAUGAAUCGGAAGUUAUGAUCGUUCAUUACACUCUAAGGUUUCCAUUUACCGAUGCUACACCAUUGCCAGUUGCAUAUUCUGAAAAACUUAUUGAGCGUGUUCAGACUGCGACAUCAUCUAUUCAUCCGUAUGUUGCAGUACAUUGGCGCAUGGAAGGUGCUGAUGAUAUCAACCUUCCAACUUGUGCCAAAAACCUUGUAGAAUAUCUUCAGAAUCUAAAAGACACACAUGGAAUAACAAACGUAUACUUUGCAACUGAUUAUCCAGUCGAGGGAGGACCGAUCCAUUCGGGAACUUUUCGUGGACUCAACGAAAAUCAUCAUGAAGCUAUCGAUAUUAUUCGAAAAGAAAUUGAUUUCUAUACCUGGGGAAAAUUAUCAGAUUCCUCCAAUAAUACAAGUGUAAUGGGAAUUCUUGAUAAAUUGGUGUUAAUGCACGCGGAUUGGUUUGUAAGUGGACCACUUGAAUGUCGCAAAGAUUCUAGUUCAUUCACUAUACAGAUUAUUGAACAAAGAAACCAAAUUAUGAAAUAUCAGAAAAAGAAAGCAGCAGAGAUAUCGCGAAUCGAAAAUAGCGCGGAUAAUAAUCAUCAUGAUGACUCAUCGAUUCCUGUACAAGAAGAGACAUUUAAUGACCCCGAAGAGGAAAACUAUUACUCGAACGAUCCAAUUAUUUUAGGGUCCAGUGAAUUCAAACUGCUGAACGUCGGAGAAGAAUGGUGA